AUGUCCGGCGCCGAGAAUCUACCAGCUCCCGGAGUUUCCUUUUACACACCUUUUCAAAACCCACCUGCUGGAACGGCAUCCAACAAACAACCCAACGGAAAGCCAAUACCAAAGCUUUUUCAACCUUUGAAGAUAAGGGGAGUGGAGUUCCCCAACAGAAUAUUCCUCUCACCGUUGUGCCAGUAUUCAGCAAAAGAUGGCAUUGUCACACCGUGGCAUCUCGCGCACCUCGGGGGCAUCAUAAGUCGCGGUCCGGGCCUUUCAUUCGUUGAGGCGACUGCAGUGACGCCAGAAGGCCGUAUCACUCCUCAAGAUGUCGGCAUAUGGUCAGACGCCCACGCUGAUGCCCUAGCACAUGUCGUGGAAUUUGCUCAUUCACAAUCUCAGAAGAUCGGCAUCCAACUUGCCCAUGCUGGUCGCAAAGCUUCUACCGUUGCUCCUUGGCUAAACGGUAGCCUAGCGGGUCCAGAACUCGGGGGCUGGCCGGACGAUAUCUGGGGCCCUUCCAGUAUACCAUUCACACCAGGCGAUCCCAACCCCAAAGAGCUCACUGUCGAAGGAAUCAAAAAAAUCGUCAACGCUUUUGCCGAGGGAGCAAAAAGAGCAGUGAAGGCAGGAUUUGACGUCAUUGAGAUCCACAACGCGCAUGGAUAUCUUUUGAGUUCGUUCGUCUGCCCAACGAGCAACAAACGUACAGAUAAUUAUGGAGGCAGUUUUGCAAACCGAAUCCGUUUCACACUGGAAGUCGUCGAUGCAGUGCGAGCUGUUAUUCCGAAGACUAUGCCACUAUUCCUGAGAAUUUCGGGAACCGAAUGGUUAGAAUUCGUUGCGCCUAAUGAAGAAUCAUGGACCUCGAAGGAUACGGUCAGAAUCGCACCAAUUCUUGCAGAACAUGGUGUAGACCUGUUGGAUGUGUCGGCUGGUGGAAACGAUUGUCGCCAGAAGGUCCGCUCAGGACCUGAGUAUCAGGUCUCAUUCGCUGCAGAUGUCAAGGCGGCCCAUGGGUCAAAAAUCUUAGUAGGCGCCGUCGGAGGCCUAUACGAAGCUAAAACAGCCGAAGGCGUCUUGGAAUCUGGCAGGGCAGAUGUCAUCUUUAUUGGAAGGCAGUUCCAGAAGAAUCCUGGCCAGGUGUGGGCUAUUGCAGACGAACUUGCGAUUGAUGCGAAGUUUGCCAGCCAAAUGCAGUGGGGAUUUAAAGGUAGAUUCUCCAAAGUACUAGGAACUAGUAAGAUGUGA